AUGGCCAGGACGGUGUUGCUCCCCGUGCUCCUCCUCUCCUUCUUCCUCCUGCCGCUGGCCUCCCUCGCGCUGACGCAGGACUUCUGCGUCGCCGAUCCUGACCUGCAGCGACACGCCGGCCGGGGCAAAAUCAACCCGCUCAUCAAGGCCGCCGUGACGCCGGCCUUCGUCGGCCAGUUCCCGGGCGUCAACGGGCUCGGCAUCUCCGCGGCCAGGCUCGACAUCGAGGUGGGCGGCGUGGUGCCGCUGCACACCCACCCGGCGGGCUCCGAGCUCCUCUUCGUGACCCAGGGCACCGUCGCCGCCGGCUUCAUCAGCUCCGGCUCCAACACCGUCUACACCAAGACGCUGUACGCCGGCGACAUCAUGGUGUUCCCGCAGGGCCUGCUCCACUACCAGUACAACGCCGGCACCGGCCCCGCCGUCGGCCUCGUCGCCUUCAGCAGCUCCAACCCCGGCCUGCAGAUCACCGACUUUGCGCUCUUUGCCAACAAUCUCCCAUCCGCCGUGGUGGAGAAGGUCACCUUCUUGGACGAUGCGCAGGUCAAGAAGCUCAAGAGCGUGCUCGGCGGCAGCGGUUAA